CACACUGUUGAUAAAAUUUUAUCUAUACUCAUUGUGGUUGGAGAAAAACAUUAAAAAUUGAUAUCAUAGCAAUUACUGAUCGGCUUAGCACCCUGCUGGAGAUGGCGUUGCAGAUUGCACAUAAUAACCGUGGCAAUCCGCAAGCGUUGCAUCCUCCACCAGCCGCCGAGCUCGUCGAGGUUUUUGUGCUUUUUUGUAACACAACGAAUCGCACUGUUGAUUUGUAUUGGGUUUGUGACCGCGAUACGGAGAACAUGUAUCUCAGCCUGAAGCCGUUCGAGGAGGUGCGCGUCAACACGUAUAAUACGCACACCUGGCUCUUCCGCGACUACUACACAGGCGAGCGGAUGCACGUUAAGUCUAGGCGCAUAUUUGUUCCCAUUCCAAAAUAUGUGCCAAAAAAUCCCCAACAUCCCGAGGAGCUGUGCGAUGUACGCAGCCAGGUGAACAUCCAUUUCCCGAUGCGCAAGCUCAAGGACACCUGUUUGUGGCUGCUUGCGCGCCAUCUAAAUCGCACGAGCAACUCGCCCCGACGGGUGAUCAGCAACUAUAUGAUACCAUCGACGCUGAAGCAACAGUUGUUCGUUAUCUUGACCACCAUGGAAUCCUACUCGAGGACGGCGCGCAUCAGACGGCGUCGGGUCCGUGAGAUGAUUAAUAAUAUCUAAAGUGGCAUAAGGGAAGAAAGCCAAGCUUGAUUUCCAAAUAGUUUUAAUAAUAACUUUAAUUGAUUUUCAAUUGUAUCAUCCUUCUUUUCUUAUCUUUUGUUUGUUUGUUUGUUACUUAUGUACAAAUUGGCUUGCAUAGAGCGUUUUAUAGGUUGAUUUUCUACAAUUGCAUUGAUUUUUGUAUUUUUUAACAGUUUACUUAUACUUAAAUAUACAGAUAUAUAUAAUAUGUUCUAUGUAUAUAUAUAUUUUAUAUAUAUCUAUAUAAACCUAGUGUAAAACAAAUGUGAAUAUUACAUACAUAUAUGCGCAAUUCUCUAGAUCUAAAUGUUUUCAGAUGCCAGAUAAUUAAUGUAAAUGUUGUUCCAUACAAUGUUUAUCUACUUGUGUGUUGUGUCGCAAACUUAAUCUCUUUUAAGUCUGAAUCUGAAGUAUAUGUAUAUCUGAAUAAUUCCUAAACACAAGAAACACACUGAAACAGAGCAAACAAAAUAUAUAUAGCACUCUGCUGGGUGCAUUUACAUCAAAUAUAAAUGUUUAAACAUAUUCUUAUUAGAUGGUUAGUCCACAGGACAAAGUAAUUACGAAUACAUUGCAAAAUACAUACAAAUGGUUAAUCAAACUAAAACUUAAA